UCUCUCGCGCCUAUACCCUCGAAAUGCCUUCCUUCAAUGUCGUUGUCUUCGGUGGUGACCACUGUGGUCCCGAGGUUACUGCCGAGGCUAUUAAGAUCCUCCGCACCAUCGAAAAGAGCCGUGAUGUCACUUUCAACCUGCAGGACCACCUCCUCGGCGGCGUGAGUGGAAACCCCAUAAAAGCGCGUCCAUUGACGCGACUGGCUCCCCCUCUGACCGACGAGGCCCUGAAUGCCGCUAAGAAUGCCGACGCGGUCCUUCUGGGCGCCAUUGGUGGCCCCAAAUGGGGCACCGGCACCGUCCGCCCUGAGCAGGGUAUCCUGAAGCUGCGCAAGGAGAUGGGCACAUUCGGCAACCUGCGACCAUGCAACUUCGCCGCACCCUCGCUGGUAAAGAGCUCCCCUCUGAAGGAGGAAGUCUGCCGCGGCGUGGAUUUCAACAUCAUCCGCGAGCUGACGGGCGGUAUUUACUUCGGCGAGCGCAAGGAGGACGACGGGUCCGGCUUCGCCAUGGACACCGAGCCCUACUCGCGCCCUGAGAUCGAGCGCAUCACGCGCCUCGCGGGCCACCUUGCUCUGCAGCACAACCCCCCUCUCCCCGUAUGGAGUCUGGACAAGGCCAAUGUCCUCGCUACUAGCCGUCUGUGGCGCAAGGUCGUUACCGAGAUUAUGGCCAAGGAGUUCCCUCAGGUCCAGAUCGGUCACCACCUGAUUGACUCUGCCGCCAUGCUUAUGGUCAAGGAUCCCCGUAAGCUGAACGGUAUUGUCGUUACUAGCAACCUGUUCGGUGAUAUUAUCAGCGACGAGGCUAGUGUUAUUCCCGGUUCGCUCGGUCUGCUGCCCAGUGCCAGUUUGAGCGGCGUGCCUGAUGGCAAGAGCCGCGUCAACGGUAUCUACGAGCCUAUCCACGGUUCCGCCCCCGACAUCGCCGGCAAGGGCAUUGUCAACCCCGUCGCAGCCAUUCUUUCCAUCGCCAUGAUGAUGCAGUACUCCUUCGGCAUGCUCGCCGAGGCCCGCAUUAUCGAGAAGGCCGUUAGCAACGUCAUCGAGGCCGGCGUCCGCACCGGUGACAUCGGCGGGAAGGCUACCACCGUCGAGGUCGGUGAUGCCAUCGCUGCCGAGCUAGAGAAGCUGCUUAAGUAGAUUUAUAAUGGCUGCACUGUGUGUGCCGGUGGUUCUAUAUGAGACAUGAGUGUAGAAAACAAAAUUGAAUACCC